UGGGUCGGGGGAGGAGCAAAAAUCUGCCAAAAAACACGCGUAUUGUGCCUGUUCUCUUUUAACAUGGUGUCUUGCUUGGUUCUGGCGCUUUUCCAGUAGAUCACAAAAGAGAGCAGAGGAGGUGGUGGUGGUCGUUGCGGGAGGGGAGGGAGAAGCGGCUCCCCAUUUUUUCCUGCACAACCGUUCGUUUGUUGGCAGAGGGGGGAUGGGAUUUCCGAGAGCCAUCAUCAUUCUCUUGUUCCUCGUUUUGUUUCCUGCAACACAAUCCAAGCUUCUGGAUCCGUGUUCAAACGAUGGGGACUGCGGAGCCGGAUUCUACUGCGGAAUGUGCUCCCAAGGGUUUUCUGGAACAAGAUGCAUCAGGGAUGCCGUCUCCGACCAAUUUAAGCUCCUGAAUAAUUCCUUGCCGUUCAAUAAGUACGCGUACCUGACCACUCAUAACUCGUAUGCAAUAGCGGGCGAGCCUUCUCACACUGGAGUCCAACGCCUUACCUUUGCCAACCAAGAUGACACCGUCACUCAACAGCUCAAGAAUGGGGUUCGGGCGUUGAUGCUGGACACGUAUGACUUCGAAGGAGAUGUGUGGCUGUGCCAUUCCUAUGGGGGAAAGUGCUACAACUUCACCGCAUUUGAGCGGGCAAUCGAUACACUGAGGGAGAUUGAAUCGUUCAUGUCUGCAAAUCCAUCUGAGAUCAUCACCCUGAUCUUGGAGGACUACGUUCACACCCCGAAUGCACUAAGAAAGGUCUUCAAUGACUCUGGUCUGAGCAAGUUCUGGUUCCCAGUCUCAAAAAUGCCAAAGAAGGGAGAAGAUUGGCCGCUGGUCCGGGACAUGGUGGCGAGCAACGAGAGGCUCCUGGUUUUCACUUCCAUUGCUUCCAAGGAGCAGAGCGAAGGGAUUGCAUACGAAUGGAACUACAUAGUUGAGAAUGAAUAUGGUGAUGCAGGAGAGAAUGGUACGUGCACUAACCGACCUGAAUCUCCGCCGCUUAAUGACAUGACCAAAUCUCUGGUGCUCGUGAACCACUUCCCGUCAAUGCCGGUGCAGGGAAUGGCUUGCUCUGACAAUUCCGGCAGCCUCAUGAACGUGAUCAAAACAUGCUAUGCCGCCGCCGGCAAUCGGUGGGCCAACUUCCUGGCUGUUGAUUUCUACAAGAGGAGUGAAGGUGAAGGUGCAUUUGGAGCUAUUGAUGCCAUUAACGGGAAGCUCUUGUGCGGAAGUAACGAUGUCAACUAUUGCGGGGGUUCGAUGCCUGUGCUCGAUCCGCCAGAGUCUGCGCCUGAACCAAUCAACAGUGCCAACAAGCUAGGGGGUCGGACCGUGUGGUCGAAGGGACUGCUAAUUGUAUUUGUUAUUCUUUAUAUCAACCACAGGUUAUAGUUUUGUAAUGAUAAAAGAAAGAGGCAGACUCAGCAGCAUGUGUUUUUGUGUAAUUGAGUAUGAUCAAUUCCACUUCUCUUCUCUUGA